UCUUCCAUCACGCAGCUUCCAACAUACAUAAGUGGCAAGAGACAACCUCGCUAACUGAAACAUCAGUAGUUAGAGGGGGGAAAAACUACAAAAGUUGAUCGAGCGUCCCCCAGCUAUGUCCAAGGAGGAAAUCCCUGAUCUCAUGAUCAUGUGCUCUGAACUUUAUACCGCUGCGCUAGAGGGGCGGACGCAGGAGGUCACCGGGCUACUAGCUGGAAGCAGCCACGCGACGACGGCGGCUAGAAACGGUCGGCCAUCCCCGGCAGCAAGAGCAAAUGCCGUUCACCCUGGACACCGCUGCACCACCCGCGAGGUGGCCGCGGAACGCAGCACGCUCCUGCACGUCGCCGCCGGUCAGGCUCACUGCGCCCUCAUCACCGAGCUCUGCCUCCGGGACAGCGCCCUCCUGUACUCGGUCAGCUCUUCGCUGGACACGCCCCUGCACUGCGCGGCGAGGCACGGGCACGCCGACGCGGUCGAGACCAUCGUUCGGCUUGCCAGGUCUAGCGUCGAGGAGGGCAGGCUGCGGGAGCUUCUCGGCGGCAGGAACGAUGCCGGUGACACCGCACUGCACGUAGCCGCGAGGCACGGCCGCGGCGAGACGGUGGAGGUGCUGAUGAAGCUGGCGCCCGAGAUGGCGGCGGAGGUGAAUGGAGCUGGAGUGUCGCCGCUGUACCUGGCGGUGAUGAGCAGGUCGAUGCGCGCCGUCGAGGCGAUUGUUGGGUACCAGGACGCGUCCGCCGCUGGUCCCAUGUCGCAGAACGCGUUGCACGCUGCCGUUCUCCAGAGCUCGGAAAUGGUUUCCUUGCUGCUACGAUGCUGGCCAUCACUUGCGACCGACCUUGACAGCAACAAGAGCAGCCCAUUACAUUUUGCUUCAUCUGACGGUGACUGUUCCAUCAUCGAAGAAAUAUUAACACACGCACCACCGAGCACAGCCUACCUGCAGGACAACGAGGGCCUUUCGGCUCUACAUGCUGCAGCACUGAUGGGUAACGAACCUGCAGUUCGGUUAUUGCUGCAAUUCUACCCAGCUUCUGCAGGCAUUCGUGACAACCAUGGCCGAAGCUUUCUGCAUGCUGCGGCUUUGCGAGGCCACUCGUCCAUCGUUUCACAGGUUAUAAAGAAUCGGACGCUGGAAAAUCUUUUGAAUCAGCAAGACCGAGAAGGGAACACGGCACUUCAUUUGGCUGUGGAGUCAGGGGAGUAUGGAACUGUUUCUAAGCUUUUAUCCAGUGGAAAAGUGCAAGUUCACAUUAUGAACAAUGCAGGCCACACCCCAGCUGACCUGAUUGAGAAGUCCACAGGUUUCUACUCAAUGGUAAGUUUGGUGGUGAAGCUGUAUGUCUAUGGAGCACAAUUCAGACCACAGAGGCAAGACCUUGUAAAGAAAUGGUCUGGCCAGGACCUCGUGAAAUGGCGAGUGGCAACAUCAAAGAAUCUUGCAAUUGUCUCCACUCUUGUGGCAACAGUUGCCUUCUCGGCAGCAUUCAACGUGCCUGGUUCAUAUGGAUCGGAUGGCAAGGCAAAUCUGAAUGAGAACCGCAUGUAUACUGCCUUCCUUGUGCUGGACACCAUUGCCGUGACCACAGCAGUGAUGGCAACAAUACUGCUUGUCUACGGGCGAGCUUCGCAGUCCAAUCGCUCCUGGUUGGGUUUCAUCAUCUCAAUGCACUUCCUUUGGUUGUCCCUUCUCUGCAUGAUGCUCGGAUUCUUCACGGCUAUAGCUGCGACGAGUGAUCGAAAAUCUACGUCGAUUGCAUUGUAUAGGGUGAUCUACUUCGGGUUGUACGUCUUGAUAAUGCUGCUCACAAGCCUCGCAAUGCCAGGAUCACUUCGAGGAGUUCUGCGGCUUCUGUUAGGACGAGAGGGGCAUCUCAAGAGGCGCAUCAAACGGCAGUAUCCCUUCGUGGUGGUUUAUACCUUCAACAUGCUUUUGUUCAUAGUCGUAAACAAUAUAGGAUUGGCUUCUGUUGAUACAAUUGGUAACCUGCGUUGAUGUGAGUCCAUGUAUCACGCCAUCUUGGCAUGGUGUAUUAGCGUCAUAUGUAUAUUAGAGGCCAAGUAUUGUAACAGUUUAGAAUCUAGUACCAGCAAUGCAUUGAUAU